AUGAUAUGUUAUAUUUGUUUACAACACAAUGAUCAUAAUGUUGUAUCAAGUUCAUUAGAGAGACUUGAAAUUAUACUUAAACUUUCAAAUUUAUUUGAUUUUGAUCAAUUAUUAAUUUCAACUCAAAUUGGAUCUGUAGAAGAAACUUGUGUUAGUCAAACAUUACAAACAGUUUAUUCAACAUAUCAACGUUCGUUUAUUGAAAUUAAUGAAGAAUAUAAUAUUUUACUAAAUAAAAUGAAUGAUGAAUUCGAUUCAACACAAAUGAUUAAUAAUGAAAAACGAACAUCAGCUGCUAAACUUGUUAAUCAAUUAUAUUUUUUUCCGAUUAGAUAUAUACUCAAAAUGAAUGGCACGAUAAAAAGUGAUGACGAAUCACGUAUUAAUGUUAAAUGUGCUAUACCAACAUGUCUCAUAUUUAUCAAGAAUUUGGUCAAUUUGAUUAUCCUACUGAAAGUAUUACAUCUUUUAUCUUUACGUGAACAUGGUGAUCUACAUUUACAUGAUGCAUGUCAUUUUCUUACUCAUAUAAUCUAUGAGCUUGAAAUAAUUGAAGAAACUAUAGCAGGUUAUGACGUGUUAUCACAUGAUAUACUUCAUUCAAAACAAGUUAUUAAAUUACAAGAUUUAUUAAAAAAUUGUGAUGAAUUAUUAGCAACUGGACAUGAGCGUGACACUUAUGGAUCAAUUGCUUUUGGAUAUUUAUUUCAUACUAUUAACACUAUUAAUGUUAUAUCAUCAGUUGAAUUACGAAAAAUUGAUCCAUUUGUUGUUGCUUUUGAAACAUAG